UUAAAGUCUUUUUUUAGUCUGUGUCUUUCUUUUGACGUGUGUGGUGCGUCGUGGGCAGACUGGAGAUUCUCCAGUUUUAUCAAUAUUAUAAAAUACUUUCAUGAUUUGGUCACCAAUAUCCAUUGUUGAGAUCAAAGUAAUUUAUCGUACUUUUUGUAGAAGGUAAAUCAGUAGAAAAACGUAAACAUGAGUCGUUUCUUUGCGACUGGUACUGACUCAGAGUCUGAAAGCUCGAGCGAGGACGAGCCAGUAGUACGCGCACCCGCACCCGUCUAUACGUUCAGUGAUGAUGAGGAGGAAACGAAACGCGUUGUGCGCUCCAUGAAGGAGAAGCGAUAUGAGGAACUGGAGGCGAUCAUCCAUUCCCUGCGUAACCACCGCAAGAUCAAGGAUUUUUCUUCAGCUCUUGCUUCUUUUGAAGAGCUCCAACGAGCCUACACUCGUGCUGCACCUGUUGUACUAAAAGAAGAAAAUGGAGUUGCUCCAAGAUUCUUCAUUAGAGCACUUGCCGAGUUGGAUGACUGGGUGACUGGAGCAUGGAAUGACCGUGACAGCAGAAAGGCAUUGUCUAAAGGCAACAGCAAGGCACUGACAUCCUUGAGGCAAAAAUUAAGAAAAUAUGCAAAAGACUUUGAUGCUGAGAUGUCUAAGUUCCGUGAGGAUCCGGAUCUUCCGGAUGAUGAUGAAGAACGUAAAGACACCUCAUCCUCCGAUGAGUCUGAUGACGAGGAAAAGGUAAAGGAGAAACCGCGAGUGCGGUCAGUGCAGCCUGAACCGCCGCGCCGUCCUCCUCCACAAGAUGACGAGUCCUCCGACUCCAUGGACUGGGGCUCCAGCUCUUCUGAUUCGAGCUCCAGCUCUGAUGACGAAAACCGUGGAGCCACCACCAUCCGAGAACGAUUCUUGAAGAGAAACACUGAAAGGGAUGAGGAUGAAGACAGAGACAGGCGCAAGGCCAAACGUCGUGAGGACCGGCGUGAUGCUAGAAUUGGUAAAGUUAAGAAAGACCAAGCUGAUGAUGGAGGCGAAUGGGAAACUGUCAGGAAGGGCGCUGCCACCUCGGAUAAACCUAAGAUGUUUGCCAAGGACAGUGACAUUGAUGCAGCUUUGGUAGUAAAGAAACUGGGUGAAAUCAGCGCAGCCCGUGGUCGCAAACGUACUGAUCGCCGCGCCCAACUAGAGUUGUUGCAUGAGUUGCGUACUGUGGCUGCAGCCCACAACCUGGGAGAUGCUCUCCAACUCAAGCUGCGCGCCGCCACUGUGGCCGCUCUCUUCGACUACAACCCUAAAGUAUCAGAUGCCAUGAAACCUGAAUAUUGGUCAAAACUCGUCGAAAAUGUAGACCACAUGGUCACCCUACUUUUAGCUCACGAAGAUAUGCAACUGAGUGAAAGUAUCACUGAGGAAAAUGAAUCACUAGUGACUGCACCCUUCCUCGUUCGUGGUUGCCUGUUGACGGCUUUAGAACGACUUGAUGACGAGUUCACUAAGUUGCUUAAGGAGUGUGAUCCGCAUUCUAAUGAAUAUGUUGAAAGAUUGAAGGACGAAGUUCGCGUUUCUACACUUAUUGACCGCGUGUGCCAAGUGGUCGAACGCGACGGCACUCCUCAAGAAAUAUGUCGUGCGUAUCUCCGUAAAAUUGAUCACUUGUACUACAAGUUUGAUCCUCGCGCAGUGCGCAAGGACCUUCCUCCUGGUGAGGAAACUACCAUCAAAAAAAUGGAAAAAUUCUGCAAAUAUAUUUACGCUCACGACGAGACUGACCGACUUCGAACUCGUGCCAUCCUGUCCCACAUCUACCACCACGCUCUGCACGAUAACUGGUUCCAAGCUCGAGACUUGCUAUUAAUGUCACAUUUGCAAGAGACUGUUCAACAUUCAGACCCGAGCACUCAGAUUUUGUACAAUCGUACUAUGGCCAACCUAGGUUUGUGCGCUUUUCGACGAGGCAACGUUAAAGAGGCCCAUGGCUGUCUAGCUGAACUGAUGAUGACUGGCAAACCCAAGGAACUGUUAGCUCAAGGUCUGCUGCCUCAGCGUCAACACGAGCGUUCUAAGGAACAGGAAAAAAUAGAGAAGCAACGCCAAAUGCCGUUCCACAUGCACAUCAACUUGGAACUGCUGGAAUGUGUGUAUUUAGUAUCUGCCAUGCUAAUUGAGAUUCCAUACAUGGCCGCCCAUGAGUUCGAUGCUCGCAGACGCAUGAUUAGUAAGACUUUCUACCAGAACUUGCGCGCAAGUGAGCGUCAAGCUUUGGUAGGCCCGCCCGAGUCCAUGCGUGAGCAUGCUGUGGCUGCCGCCAGAGCGAUGCGCCGCGGAGACUGGCGUGCUUGUCUGAAUUUUAUUGUAAAUGAGAAAAUGAACGCAAAGGUUUGGGACCUGAUGGUUGGUGCUGACAAUGUCCGUGCUAUGCUUGGUCGUCUGAUCCGCGAGGAGUCGCUCCGCACUUACUUGUUCACUUACGCCCACGUCUACGCUUCACUCUCGUUGCGUUCCCUGGCGGAUAUGUUUGAGCUGCCGCGCCAGCGCGUGCACUCUCUCGUCUCCAAGAUGAUCAUCAAUGAAGAGCUGCUGGCAUCACUUGACGACCCCAGCGAGUGUGCUAUCUUACAUCGUUCAGAGCCAACUAGAAUGCAGGCUUUGGCAUUGCAGCUAGCUGACAAGGUUGGCAAUCUAGUGGAUUCGAACGAGCGUAUCUUCGAGAAACAAGGCUCGUUCUUCCAGCGCGGCGGCGCGGGCGGGCGCGGCGAGGGGCGCCAGCGCGAGCGGCCGCGUGAGGGUUGGAACCGGCGCACGCGCAACCGACGCCGUGACGACGAACGUGGGGACGACUAGCAUUACUAUAGGGAUUUAAAGAAGAUCAGUCGAUUUGUCUUAUAAAUACAAUACAGUGGUACAUUCAAGUAUCUUGUACAGGACUGUAAGUCUAUAAAAAUUAAAUCUUGCGGAAAUAUCUGAAGAGAUUGAUGGUACGCUGUAGCUUCUGCUAGUGAAUCGUUUUCAACAUCUGUCUGUCUUUGUUUUCUUUUCUAUUAAUAAAAAAUCAAUGUUUAGGUGUUUCAUGUCUUAAUAUACCAUAAUAUUUAAAAUUGUCAAUUGAUAUUCUCAGAUAUGUCCGCAUAGUUAUAGACAAGUUGAAAUAAACAAACUCCACUGGUUUUCAUUAUAAUCUGUCACAACAAUCUAAUUGCAACUUCAUUUGUAUGCGGUUUUUAUAAGUUUAUAGUAUUUGGAACAACAUUUAGUUCUGUCCAAUAUUUUAUAGGAGGUUAUUAAUAUUUUAAACUAUGUAAGUGGAGAGAAAAGGUUAGCUUUCAUUUUUAUGUUGAUGACUAUUUUAUGAAUAUAAUGUAAAACCUAUUUCCUUAGAACAGCAGUAACAGAAUAUAAAAGAAAUCGUUAAAACUUAUGAAACUUAUAAAUACUUAUAAUAUCUGAAAAUUACUAUCUCCAGUUGCAUUGUUACAUUUUUGUAUAGUCUCCUCACAAUCCGGUCGUUAUAAUAAAAAGAGUAUAUCUCUACA